AGUGCUCCUCUGAUGAAGUGGUGAACCAGCAGGUGUAUUUUGGACCACAGGGCUUGUUAAAGAGCAGCAGCAGCAUGUUUGGUAAGAAGAAGAGAGCUGCAGCACCCAAAGGACAGGGCGCUGCUGCAGCCAAGCAGAUGGGUCUGUUUGUAGACCUGAACCCUGAGGAGAUGAUGAUGGGUAUGGAGGACAAUUUGGACGACCCGGACUUGGAGGCAGAACUCGCUGCUAUUACUGGAAAUAAAGCUGCUGCGGGAGGAAGAGCCAAGCAGAAGGGGAAGACCCCCCUGCCCAUGGAGGACAUCGCGAAAAUGGCUGACGAGUGCAUGAGAGAUCUGGAUGACGAUGAGGAUGACGACAAUUUGGAAGACGAUGAAGAUCUGUUGGCAGAGCUGCAGGAAGUGGUGGGUGAGGAGGAAGCUGGAGAUGUUGUAAUUCCUUCCCCCACAUCCUCUGCCAACGCUGAAUCUUCUCAAGCUGCUACGCCAGAGUCCACAACGCCACAGCAGCAGGAGGUGAAGGUCUCCUCAGCAGCACCCGGCAGCCUCCAGCACACCUUAGAGGAGAGAAUAGAUAUGUACAAGACGGCCUUACAAAACUCCAAGACUGCAGGAGAGACUUCCAAAGCCAGGAGAUACGAUCGAGGCCUGAAGACUCUGCAGACGAUGUUAGUUGCUGUCAAAAAAGGGAGACCUGUGAAUGAGGCAGAGAUCCCUCCGCCUGUUGCCACGGGAGCCCCGAAAGCUCCUGCUUCUCGACCCACCGUUCCCCAACGACCGGCUCCUCCUGUACCCUCGCGUCCUCGACCUACUCCUUCAGAUCAGCAGGGAGAGUCGGAGGCCGCGACGUCUCCGUCUGCUGUGCCAGAGAUCGUCACGCCCAGCAGUGAAGAGGAGCCCUCGUCCUCCACCACCCUGCUCACUCCGAGCAGCCUCCCAUCACCAGAGCAGCAGGCGGAGGAGCCCGCUGACCUGCCGCCAGCCAGUCUGACAGAUGCGAAUGAGGCGACCAAGAAGAUGCUUCUGGAGAGGCAGAAAGAAUACAAGAUCGCAGCGCUGACAGCCAAGAAGCAGGGAGAUGCGGAGCAAGCUAUGCUUUACUUCAAGACCAGCAAGAAGUUCGAUGCAGUGAUUGAGGCUUUGCAGAAAGGAGAAGCAGUCGACCUGAGUGAACUUCCUCCAUCUCCUGGACAAGGAGGAAGCUCCGCUGGGAUGAAGGAACCGUCGACUGAACAAAACACAGAAGUCAUCCAACCGGUUGCAGCAGCUCCUGCAGCCCCUGCAGCUGCCGCAGCUCCUGCAGCCCCGAAGGACGCACUGGAGGCGCUGGAGCAGAGACGUGCCAAGUAUGUGGAGGCGUCUGCUCAGGCUAAAGCCAGCGGAGACGACCGCAAGGCCCGAAUGCACGACCGCAUCGCCAAGCAAUACCAGAGUGCCAUCCGAGCUCACAAAGCAGGAAAAGCAGUCAACUUUGACGAGCUCCCUGUUCCCCCCGGCUUUCCUCCAAUCCCAGGCCAGAAGGCGACAGGAGCUGAGCAGGGAUUUAUCGCUGCGCUUGAGGCCGCCAAUAAGCUCGCCUCUACUGAUGCUACUGAAGUCGCCGAUGAAGAAGAAGAUGAGGAGAAGGAGGAAGAGUCAAAGCCGGCUGCUCCAGAAAUAAAGAAACCAACGUUAGAAGUUCCUGCUGCGAGUCAGGGACGGAAAAGGACUCCGUCAGCUUCACCUGACAGAACAACAUCCAGAGAAGGACUCUCACCAACAGCGGUUCAGCAGCUAGAGUUCCUGGAGGGUCGUAAGAAGCAGUACAUGAAGGCGGCCCUGCAGGCGAAGCAGAAGAACGACAUGGAGCAGGCCAAGACUUUCCUCCGCACCGCCAAGGGCUUCGACCCCAUGAUCGAGGCGGCACGCAGCGGCAAGACGGUGGACAUCAGCACGGUGCCGUCGCCCCCUGGUGACGAAGACGAGGACUUCAUUCUGGUGCACCACAGUGACGUUCAGAUCUCAGAGAAAGCCGAGCAGGUUUACACACAGCUGGCCAAGAUCCUCAAAGAGCAGCGCGACAAAUGUAUGACUCACUCCAAGCAGUUCACACACCUGGGGAACGUCACAGAAACAACAAAGUUUGAGAAGAUGGCUGAGUCUUGUAAGAAGAGUCUGGAGGUCCUGAAACUGUCUCAGGCGAAGGGGCUGCCCCCUCCCAAACAUCACUUUGAGGAGAGGUCGUUUCGCACAGUCAGGAUAUUCCCAGAGCUGAGCAGCACAGACAUGGUUGUUGUCAUCGUGAAAGGAAUGAAUCUUCCUGCUCCUAGCGGAAUCCAAACCAACGAUUUGGAUGCCUACGUCAAGUUUGACUUCCCCUACCCGAGCGCUGAGCAGCCACAGAAACACAAAACAGCUGUCAUCAAAAACACUAACUCCCCAGAAUACAACCAGAGCUUCAACCUGUCAAUCAACCGAAACCACCGCGGCUUCAGGAGGAUUGUGACGUCGAAAGGCCUCAAACUGGAGCUGCUGCACAAAGGCGGUUUCCUGCGGAGCGACAAGCCGGUCGGGACGGCCCACGUGAAGAUGGAGAAACUGGAAUCACAGAGUGAAAUCAGAGAGAUUGUAGAGGUGAUGGACGGUCGUAAGCCGACAGGAGGUCGCGUUGAAGUGAAGAUCCGACUGCGGGAGCCUCUGAGCGGUCAGGACAUGCAGUCGAGCACAGAGCGCUGGCUGGUGAUCGAUUCGUCACAGGUUCUUGUUUAGAUGUUUCUUUGAGAUUAAACAUCAUCAAACAAGCUACAGAUUAAAGGCACUCAAUCAGAAACACUCAGAGGAGGAUGAGGAUGAGGAGGAGGAAGGAGAGAGGAAGGAGUCGAGGAUCCGACGAGCUCGGCUUCUUAGCUCGGAUCAGACUCAGACUUAAACGGGUCGUUCGACUUCUUUAAAACUUUUUGCACAUUGCGAGACACACGAGCUCCCUUUCAC